CCCAGCGGAAGUCCAUCUUGGAGGAGCAGGGCUAGAAGGGCCUGAACACAAUGGCACAGAUGGAGCCACAGGACCAGUGGGGCCAGGUGUCUCCUCUCUGCAGGUUGACUCAGGAAGCUUAUGCCCCCCAGAUGCUGUGCGUGAACUUAGACAGUAAGGACGAGGCUGGUGGAGGGGCAGGAGACAAAAAGGGCACUGGUGGCCCUGAUCACCAAGCCUGUCCAAGGGGCAGCUCCCAAGUGACUGAAGACAACCCUGACUUGCCAUGGCAGCAUCAACCCCGCAAGAAAGAAGAGAAAUUCUCUGACUCCUGCAGUGCCCAGGGCAUGGGAAAGAACCCCAUGACAGUGCCUGGGAAGACCAGGGGGGAAAGAGAUGAGACAAAGAUCACGCCGACCCAAGACUCCACUGGAGCAAGCAUGAUUCUGAGUGCCCUCCCCAGGGGCCUCUCACACACGUGGUUCAGUCGGACACAAUCUCUUAGGGGCUCAUUACCUGCCGGCAAUGAUGGAGACUCCAGGGCAAACCUGAACGCUGCCUUGGGUGUCCCAUCCAACUUCCCUGGUUCUGGUAAGUAUUUCUGUGCACAGAAAGGUGUAGACAAGCCCCCAGACAGCUCCUCUCUGGUGUGUGUCCCAAAGGUAGGGGGCAGUUGGGACCUCUCCACGCAGGAGGCACACACACCAGCCCAGGGGUCAGCCACCCCGGCCAGCCUGGCAGAGGCCGUGCUGGCCGAAGUGCAAAAGGGCCUGAAGGGCCAGGAACCGGGGGGCGCAGGGGAGGGCAGGCGAGGGGAGGUUCAUCCCUACAAGUGCCUGCGGGGCGGGCGGGCCUUCCAGAAGCCCAGCCACCCGAUGAGCCCCACGCAGACGCCGGGUGCCAAGCCUUACGCGUGCGAGCUGUGCGGGAAGGCCUACUCCCACCGGGGCACGCUCCAGCAGCACCAGCGCCUGCACACGGGCGAACGGCCCUACCAGUGUCCCUUCUGCGACAAGGCCUACACCUGGUCCUCGGACCACCGCAAGCACAUCCGCACGCACACGGGCGAGAAGCCCUACCCGUGUCCGGACUGCGGGAAGGCGUUCGUGCGCUCCUCCGACCUGCGCAAGCACCAGCGCAACAUGCACAGCAACGACAAGCCCUUCCCGUGCGCCGAGUGCGGCCUGACCUUCAACAAGCCGCUGUCGCUGCUGCGCCACCAGCGCACGCACCUGGGCGAGAAGCCCUUCCGCUGCCCCACCUGCGACCGGGAGUUCGCCGUGGCCAGCCGGAUGAUGGAGCACCAGCGCGUGCACUCGGGCGAGCGGCCCUUCCCCUGCUCCACCUGCGGCAAGUGCUUCACCAAAUCCUCCAACCUGAUCGAGCACCAGACGCUGCACACCGGCCAGAGGCCCUUCAAGUGCGCCGACUGCGGCGUGGCCUUCGCGCAGCCCUCGCGCCUGGCGCGCCACCAGCGCAUCCACACCGGCGAGCGGCCCUUUCCCUGCCCGCAGUGCGGCCAGGCCUUCGCCCGCUCCUCCACCCUGAAGCGGCACCAGCAGAUCCACUCCGGGGAGAAGGCCUUCCUCUGCGCCGAGUGCGGCAGGGCCUUCCGCGUCGCCUCGGAGCUGGCCCAGCACAUCCGCGUGCACAACGGCGAGAGGCCCUACCAGUGUGAGGACUGCGGCCAGGCCUUCACCCGGUCCAACCACCUCCAACGACACCGCGCCAGGCACCGCAGCUGCAAGAAGGAGCCCAUCCCCUGCUCCUCUGACGAGUGAGGGCUCCAUCAGUUCACUCUCAGGGAAGGCGAAGACGCGGCCGACCUCGUUGCGUGGAACCCUCCUCCACGGACGAGCCCACUCUGUCACAUGGUGUGGCCACCUAGCCCCUCUGGCCAGCCUCUCCUCCCAGUGGGUCGCCUCCCAGCCUCCGCUCCCACUGCUGACCUCACUGGGACUG